UAGGAUCAUUUUUCAAUGCCCACAAUAGUUACAGUCACACUUCCAACACACGCGAACGUUCGCCAUCAGAUAGCAGUGAACCCAUCGCUUCAUACGCAACAACUGAAGCAGUCUCUAUCGUACGCUAACCACUUCGCCAGUGCAUUACUCAGCGGAAGUUUGUUGAUAGAAAACCAUCAAAUAAACCGUAGUUUAGUCAUGUCAGCAAGUUUAUUUUCUCGUCUGGAUCCGUUCGACUGCCAGAAGGGUGAUUUUGAUUACUACUUGGAGCAGUUUCAAAACUUCCUCGAGCUAAACUCUGUUGAAGAUGAGAGCAAAAAAGUGCCCCUCUUCAUCUCCAGUAUCGGUCAGGACACGUAUAAGAUCCUGAAGGAGAUCUGCGCACCAUCGGAUCCGAAGGAAAAAUCAUUUGACCAGAUGAAAACUCUACUGGUGGAGUACUUUGCUCGGCGAGCAUUUUACCGUCGAAAUCAACGGCCUGGCGAAUAUACGGGAACAUUUGUGAACGAGCUGAAACGACUCUCACUUAAGUGUAAUUUCGGCGCAUUUGCCCAUGAGGCAUUGCGCGAUAGAAUCGCUGGUGGAAAGCUUCCGGAAGAUACGCAAGAUAAGAAUCCUGCGGCUUCGUCCGCACCGGACGCUUCCAAAAAGGCAAAGGCCCAGCAGCAGCAGCAGAAACCGAGUGUACCGCAAGAAGUACAGCCGGUUGCAGAGAAAAAGGCAAAAGGGCCUAAGCAGCAGAAAAGUGAAGGAACCAGUGCCAGUAAUGCAGGAGCCCCGCAGAAGAAAGGUCAUAUUGCGUUGACCUGUCGCCAGAAGGCCAACAAAGCUUCCCAACAGCAGCAACCGCAACCGGUGGAAGUUCAUGUCCACGUUCAGCAGAAUACUGCUAUGAAAAAUUGAACUUUUACAAAAAAUACGUUCUUGGAUGUUUUAUUUUAUGUUUCAUUAUUUGUACAUACAAUUUAUAACAUUUGAAAA